AUGCCUCCUUCACAAAGACGGAGACGACCCGUGGACGAUGAAGACUCAGAGGAGGAACCCAGGCAUCCUAGGCAACGGCGGAAUCAAGAAGAAUCUGCCGAGGAAGAAGGAUCUGAACACGGUGCAGUAGACGCAGAGGCGAGCGCAGAAGAUCAGCUGGCGAAAAAGCUGGUUCGAUAUGCUCUUGCCUGCGAAUUUUCCCGGACGCCUAUCCGUCGAGAUGGUAUCAAGGAGCGAGUACUUGGAGACCAGGGCAGAGCCUUUAGAAAAGUCUUCGACCUGGCGCAACAGCAGCUCCGCCUCGUCUGGGGUAUGGAGCUGCGGGAACUGGCAGUGAGGGAAAAGUUCACAAUGGCGGAGAAGCGACAAGCAUUAAAGUCCGGCUCCCAAGCAAAGACCAGCUCAGGCGUCUACGUUCUAUCCUCGACCCUUCCCUCCGAAUACCGCGCCCCGAGCAUCCUCGCCCCCUCAAAAGCACCGAGCACCGACGCCGAAGCCUCCUACGUAGGCUUCUACACCAUGAUCGUGACCAUCAUCUUCCUCAGCGGCGGCGAGCUGUCUGAGCAGAAACUGCGCCGGCACCUGAAUCGCCUCAACGCCGAGGCCAACGUGGCGGUAGAGAGGACGGAGGAUGUUCUAAAGCGCAUGCAGACACAGGGCUACGUCGUGCGGAAAGUGCAGAAGAAUGCGGCGACGCAGGCGCAGGACGGCAGUGAGGAUAUCACGUGGCUCAUUGGACCGCGCGGGCUCGAGGAGAUUGGCGCCGAGGGGGCGGCGGGCAUGGUGCGUUCUGUCUGGGCUGAGCAGGCUGAUGCAGAGCUGGAGAAGAAGAUUGGGGCGAGCUUUGGGAUUCGUCCGGCUGAGGAUGGGGAUGGCGAUGUGGAUAUGUCACAGGCCGAAGCUGGGCCAUCGCAUUGA